UUUCCGGUCGGCUCCCGCCCCGCUCCGCCAUCAUGAAGUCCUGAACAAAAAGCGAAUGAGAGAGGAAAAGAAAAACAGAGAUGGAGCUGUCGAGGACAGAAAGAGACGAACGGCACGCCUGACACCGACGGCAUGAGCAGAAAUGAAGCCCACGCUCGCGGCGGAAGCGGAAAACCGGACUGUGGUUUAAAGAGCUCGCUGACAGUCAGCUGAUCGAGACCGUUAACGGAUCACGGCGGUAUUAGACACAUUUACACACACACAUGAACGGACAGACCGAGACUCGCAGUGAUCGCGAUCGUGCCGUUAGAAGUCUAUGGCUCGCGGUUUGAGUCGGUCGUGUUUGUGAAGCGAGGCGGGAAGGAUUGGCGGGAUUUUCCUCAGCAGGCCGGUGCUAGCUUCCUCGAGCUAGCCACAGUGGAUCCCGCACACCACGGCGCUGGCCAUGCCGUCGAGUGCGCGGGCUGGGAGUCUCAAGGACCCAGAGGUGGCGGAGCUUUUUUACAAGGAGGAUCCUGAGAAACUCUUCACAGACCUGCGGGAGAUCGGCCAUGGCAGCUUCGGAGCCGUCUACUUUGCCCAUGACAUCCGCACCAAUGAGGUGGUGGCCAUCAAGAAGAUGUCCUACAGUGGCAAGCAGUCUAAUGAGAAAUGGCAGGAUAUCAUCAAAGAGGUGAAGUUCCUUCAAAAGCUGCGGCAUCCCAACACGGUGGAGUACAGAGGCUGCUACCUGCGAGAACACACAGCAUGGCUGGUGAUGGAGUACUGUUUGGGCUCGGCCUCGGAUCUGCUGGAAGUGCACAAGAAACCAUUACAGGAAGUGGAGAUUGCAGCAAUUACCCAUGGUGCAUUGCAGGGCUUGGUAUACCUCCACUCGCACAACAUGAUUCACAGGGAUGUGAAAGCAGGGAACAUCUUACUGACAGAGCCUGGCCAGGUCAAACUGGGAGACUUCGGUUCCGCCUCCAUCGUUGCUCCUGCCAACUCCUUUGUGGGCACACCUUACUGGAUGGCUCCAGAGGUCAUCCUCGCCAUGGAUGAAGGCCAGUAUGACGGGAAGGUUGACGUGUGGUCACUCGGCAUCACCUGCAUAGAGCUUGCGGAGAGAAAGCCUCCCUUGUUUAAUAUGAAUGCUAUGAGUGCCUUAUACCACAUCGCCCAGAACGAGAGCCCGGUCCUGCAGUCCAAUCACUGGUCGGAUUAUUUCCGUAACUUCGUAGACUCUUGUCUGCAGAAGAUCGCCCAGGACAGACCUACCUCUGAUGUGCUGCUUAAACAUCACUUCCUGUGCCGCGAGCGUCCGGUGACGGUGGUGAUGGAUCUGAUCGCACGCACUAAAGACGCCGUGAGGGAGCUGGAUAACCUGCAGUACCGGAAGAUGAAGAAGAUCCUCUUCCAGGAGACACACAAUGGCCCCGCCACCGAGGGGACCGAGGAGGAAGAGGAUGUGGAGCAGUACAUGCUGCGGACGGGCACGGUGAACAGCAUGGAGAGCUCCCACUCGCUGCCGUCCAUGUCCAUCAGCGCCAGCUCCCAGAGCUCUUCGGUGAACAGCCUCGCGGACGGCUCGGACGACAGCGGAGAGAUGGCCAUGAUGCAGGAGGGCGAGCAUACGGUGACCUCCAACAGCUCGGUGCUGCACAAACCGCUGAACCAUGAUAAUAUCUACGACGACCCCUACCAGCCGGAGGUGGACUCCCAGCAGCAGGGCCCCUCUGGCGGCCGCCGGCGCAGGGGACGGGACCACUUCGCCACCAUCCGCACGGCCUCGCUGGUGACCCGUCAGAUCCAGGAGCACGAGCAGGGCUCAGCGCUCAGAGAGCAGAUGUCCCGAUACAAGCGCAUGAGGAGGCAGCACCAGAAGCAGCUGAUGGCUCUGGAGAACAAGCUGAAGGCCGAGAUGGACGAACAUCAGCUGAGGCUCGACAAAGAGCUGGAGACACAGAGGAACAGCUUCAGCAGUGAAGCAGACAAACUCGGCAAGAAGCACCAGGUCUUCCUGGAGAAGGAGUCUAAGGGCGCUGUCACAGAAGAGAAGAAGUUCCAGCAGCACAUCUUGGGCCAGCAGAAGAAGGAGCUCAGCAGCCUGCUGGAGUCUCAGAAGCGGCAGUACAGGCAGCGCAAGGAGCAGCUCAAAGAGGAGCUCAGUGAGAACCAGUCCACGCCGAAGCGGGAGAAGCAGGAGUGGCUGGUGCAGCAGAAGGAGUGUCUGCAGCAGCUGCAGGCGGAGGAGGAGGCGGGGUUACUGCGCAGACAGAGGCAGUACUACGAGCUGCAGGGCCGCCAGUACAAGAGGAAGAUGCUGCUCUCUCGCCACAACCUGGAGCAAGACCUGCUCAGAGAGGACCUGAACAAGAAACAGACUCUGAAGGACCUGGAGUGUGCCAUGCUGCUGCGGCAUCACGAGUCGACUCAGGAGCUGGAGUUCAGGCAGCUGGGUCUGGUGCAGCACACACGGGCCGAUCUGAUCCGCACGCAGCACCAGACCGAGCUCACCAACCAGAUGGAGUACAACAAGCGGCGCGAGCAAGAGCUGCGGCAAAAACACGCCGUCGAAGUCCGCCAGCAGCCCAAGAGCCUGAGAUCCAAAGAGCUGCAGAUUAAGCGUCAGUUCCAGGACACCUGUAAGAUCCAAACGCGUCAGUAUAAAGCUCUGAGGAACCACCUGCUGGAGAACACACCUAAGUCGGACCACAAGGCCGUGCUGAAGCGUCUCAAAGACGAGCAGACCCGGAAGCUGGCCAUUCUGGCCGAGCAGUACGACCACUCCAUCAACGACAUGCUGUCCACACAGGCUCUGCGGCUGGACGAGACGCAGGAGGCCGAGUAUCAGGCGCUGAGGAUGCAGCUGCAGCAGGAGCUGGAGCUUCUCAACGCUUACCAGAGCAAGAUCAAGAUGCACACGGACACGCAGCACGAGCGGGAGGUGAAGGAGCUGGAGCAGAGAGUGUCCAUCCGCAGAGCCCUGCUGGAGCAGCGGAUCGAGGAGGAGAUGCUGGCCCUGCAGAACGAGCGCUCGGAGCGCAUCCGGUCCCUCCUGGAGCGCCAGGCGUCCGAGAUCGAGGCCUUCGACUCCGAGAGCCUCCGCCUGGGCUUCAGCAGCCUGGCCCUCACCGGCAUCCCCUCCGAGGCCCAUCCCAAGCAGGGCUACCACUGGAGCCACGGGGGGCCGCCGGUCUCCCGCAGGGGCCCCAGCAGAGCCGACUCCUCGUCCUCCUCCCACCUCCUGGGGCCCCUGCACCAUUCGUCCCGCUCCUCCUCCUCGUCCUCCUCGUCGUCCUCGGCCUCCCAUCACAGCCGGCACCAGCUGCCGCAGCACUACCAUCACCAGAGCACUCCUCAGCUGUACCGCGAGCGGGAGCGGGAGCGAGAGAAGGAGCGCGAGAAGGAGUGGGGAGGAGCGGCGGCACACCCUCACCUCUUCUCCCACCACCUUCCCUCCCGCUCCUCCUCCCAGUCCCUGGCUCUGCUCCCUCCUGCGCCUCCUCCCGCGCCUCCGCCCGUCUCCUCCGGCCCGCCGGCUCCUCAGGGAGUGUACGGAGGAGGGCUGGUGGUGAGGGGCCCCGGCCUGAUGGCCCUGAGGAACAGCCCCCAGCCGCUGCGCAGAACCGCGUCCGGAGGAGGCCCCGGAGGAGCAGGAGGAGGCGCGGACGGAGUGCUCAGCCGGAGCACCUCGGUCACCUCGCACAUCUCCAACGGAUCGCACCUCUCGUACUCGUAAGGAGCGCGCUUUCCAGCCGAAUUCCUCCGAGAGGACAUCGCACUCGUCUGUCGCUUUGGUUUUUCCUUGCUCGUCGUUGUUUUUUCGGUAAAAACAAAAAAAAAAAAAGUGUGAAACUGGCUUGGAACAUCACCACUGCCUUUAAGACGUCUUAAAGGGAUGCUGCGCGACGGGGAGAAUUCGUACGUGUUUGCGCGACAGAACGAACACAGAAUGUUUAUGUCGGUCAGACUUUGAGUACGUUUACAUCUGUGGGAGUUGCUCCAAUGCAUGAGAUUAAUGUAGUAAAUACAUUUGUAUUCAUAUGUUAUCCAGUCACGUUUGGGCCCGUUAACGCAAACGACGAUAAAUAUAACGAUAAGUAAGAGUCCAACACCGCUGUAACAAUAACAGAGGAACAGUAUCGUUGAAUUCAAAACAGAAACUGCAUAAUAAACAACGUUAUCGUCGUAAUUAUUAUUAUAAUCAUCGUUCCUGUUGUGAAUGGGCCUUAAGGCUGCCUUUUUUUUUUUUAAUCUAAUGAUAAGUUUUGGAAAUCAAGAGUCCACCACUUGAGGAACGAUGAUAUUCAAUUCAAUUUCAGCCAAUCAGAACCCAUCCUGCUUUAACGAGCUCAAGCAGUUAACGCGGAAGACGACAAAACGGAAUGUUAUCGUUAUAAUUAUCGUUCUUAUUGUGAACGGGCCUUAAAGCUACCUUCACAAAAUCAUUGGCUGCAUCUGAAAUCGCACGUAUCCCUACUACAUAGUAGACGACAACAGUACGUGAGAAGAGUUACAUUCGUACGAUAUACAACAUACUUGUUUUAACGGUCGUUAAGUACUCAGUACCUACUCAGAAUAAACGAUUUCAGACGCAGCCAAAGGCUUUUAGAGUCAAUCUCCCACCAAUUGGAUCUUUUAUUGUGUGUAUAUAAAUAUAUAAAUAUAUAGUAUCUAAAGUGUUGAAGCAUUGUGUCCACAGUUUUCUAUAGUAAUUAUGACUAUCGACAUUUUGAUAAAAUAACAUGUGAACAGAAUAGACCUAACAUUUAAUUGUAGAAAUUGGAUCUGAGAUGCGCGGCGUUCGUUUGAUGUCAUCACGAAGACGUUUUUCAAAUUUCUCCGAGCAUCUGGUUGCAAAAGAUGUGAACUUUUCUAAAAGAAAUGAAGAAAUCGGGUCUAGUGUGCGUUAUGGUUAUUAAUACGUGAGUAUUAAUAAUUGUUAACAGUGGGUUUGUUUGUGUGUAUGCGUCGUCUGAAUGGGAUGCGCUCUGGUCGCCACUUUUGUACACAAACACACCAAAAAAUAGGACUUAUUUGCUGGGAUGAGCAUCCUUUAACUCAGACUUUAGACAAUAUAAAAACAGACUUGAUUUAAUUACAACGGGUUACAAUCACUGAUCUUUCGUGGAGAGCUGGAUCGUGUGUUGUUUUGAGCAGGUAGGGAGCGCUCCUGAAGCUCCAGGACUCUACACAGCUGUGUUUCUGUGCAGAUGAAGUGCACAGGAAUGAGUGUAUAUACUGUAUAUCUGUGCUCUGAUCCUGGGACACAUUCAGAGAUAUCCCAGAAGAACACGAGCAACUUGAUGAACUCGAGCGAGAAACACCAGCUCUGAUAUCUCUCUCUCUCUCUCUCUCUCUCUCUGUAUAACCUACUACUUUAUGCUUGGUUUAAACUGUGCAUGCAGAUCUUCUAGUGUAUGGGACGUGGGCGCAGCGUUCGGAGGGCCGGUGAGAUUGUGCCGUUGAAUGGACUGACUUGUUUGUGAGAGAUGGUGUGAUGUUGCUUCAUGAUUUUAGGACCGUGAUCCCAUUAUAAUGUUGAAUGUCAGAGCUAAUGUUGCAAGGCAGGUCUGGGUCCAUGCACGGUGGUAAAGGAGGCUCUCCUGAGGUGUGGAGAUGGACGGACUGGGUAUGUUUGUGUCGACUGUCAAAAGUGGAGGUUUUGCUGAGAGGACAUUUUCAGUACAUCUCCAAACAUUCAUUACUGAAAUCAAACCGCUUGUGGUUUGAAGAGAGAAAACACGUGGAAGAAAAAUAAACGCGAAGCAAUUUAAAUGAUAAUAAAUUGAUAUUAACGUGGAUUGGUCUCGUGUUGUGUUUAUGAUGUUCUUCAAACAUUUGGCCCACGACUGGUUCCCAAUGGGAUUUUCCAUAAACUUUUGGAUUAUCGCAAGAAAAUAAGCUCUGUGUUCAACCAUGAAAUUUACACGUUUGUCCAUUAAGAUAAUCUUCACAAAAUAACAUAACUUGUGAAUUUCGAAGCCUAAAUAAAAGCGCCAGAAUUUAAAAGCUAACUACAGGAUUUACUCUGUAUAUGAAUUUUAAUCCACGCUACAUGAAGCUUUUCAUAUAAACUGGAAUAAAUACAAAGGCCAAACUGAAACUGAAAUGAGAGAUUAGUAAUAAAUAGUAAAGUAGUGAAUAAAUGAAAUAAUCAUAAGGACACGUAUUUCUGUACAUUUACAGUCACCAGUCUUAACAAAUCCGUGAAGAAUCUGACGCGCUCCAGUUUAAUGCGUUUGUAGUUUGGUCGAUUAUUUAUUUGUUUAUUGGACACAGAGUACAGUGUUAUGAAUAUAAAUUGAAAUAAACUAUGUACAGUCUGGAAAAAUCGAUAUAAAUAAAGCACAGGCUCAAACUUUGUCUUGAUGGUUUUUAUAAUAAAAAAAACAAACAUUUUUUUUGAGUUGAUAAUUCUAACAAACGUGGAGUGUGUGUGUGUCUGAGUGAGUGUGUGUGUGUGUGCGUGUGUGUGUGUGUGUGUGUGCGUGU